AUGUCCGUAUUUGGGGAAAUAAUAUCUUCACUUCUUUACGAAAGUUGUUUAGAUAUUACAAUAGAAGAUAAUAUAGUAGUUGACACCCUUUUUGGUAAACCAUUAAAUGAAGUGGAAAAAGAGUUGUCGAAAGUCGUCGAACCCUUUAUGUGUCCAGUCAAAACAAAAGGGUCAGUCCCUGUCACUGUUUAUGUGUGCCACACAUGUGAAAAAGUUGCGAAUGCUGGAAUGUGUGAAGAGUGUUUUAAAAAUGGAAAUCACAAAGGCCAUGACGUGCAAAAAAUUGAGACUUUCGAUUCAUUUAGUUGCGAUUGUGGAAACGAAAAGACGUGGGAUAAAAAGGGGUUUUGUAAAAGACAUGGCAACAAAUAUGUUGGUGAUCCAUUAAAGCUUUUAACUGAAGAGUACAAAGAACUCCCACAUAAAAUUUCGGAAUUUCUCAACCAAAUUUCCUUGUUUUUAUUGGAAGAAAACACACAAAAUCUAAGUGAAAGCUCAGACGACUUUGGCGAUGAUGGACUGUCUGUACUUUUAGAUGUGUGUCUCAGACUAUGUGAGACAUACUUAUUGUUUUUGUUAUUCGGAAGAGCGAUGAACGAAAACACAAAUUUGUCCUGUUUGAUAGACAAUAAUGUUUAUAAAAAUUUAACAAAUGGAGAGGUUAUAUUUGUCGCAUUAAAAAAAGUAAAAUGUACUCCUUUACAACUAUUUUUUACGACAUUCCAAACACACCACGGACUUGUCCAAAUUCGUCCUGAAAUGGUUUUUGAUCAGUUAGAACAAGUCACUUUUGAUCAAAACCAUAACAACGAUGUGUACAUUAAUGACGUGGUGUUAUCUCUUUUUGAAAGUCAACAGAUAUGCAAUGUUUUUGUCACAUCGCCAAAAUUUGAAAACUUUUUUACAAAAUUUGCAGAGAAAAUUGUUGCGAUAAAAAGAAACGAAAAUGUAAACGACACAAUACUUGAUAAUCUAACCAAUUCACUUGUUGUUGUCAAUGCCACUUUUAAAACUUACGACAAGAAAAAUGUUGUGCCAGUUGGUUUGGUAGAGUACACCCAUUGUCUUGAGUUGGUUUCAAAUGUAGUUCCAUCUCUUAGAGGAUAUAUUGUGGUUGAUGACACUUUGAGAGUUAUUGAGCCUAUUAUAUUUGGUUUAUUAGGAACAACACAAAGUUUUGUCGCUGGUAACGAAUUAAAGACUUUGUAUGUCGUGUUUUUCGAAAUACAUGGUAUUGUCAUGGAACACCUUGCAAAGUACAUUUUGCCUUGCGACAAACUUAAAACUAAAAAUUGCGAAAUUCACAAACGGUUUUUAGGAAUAAACCAAAAGAUUUCAACUUUGUCACCACUUUUGGUUUUUUACUCUUUCUUUGUGAAAAGCCUUGCACGGCACGAGAUAUUUGAAAUAUCCAAAGAAGAUGGUGAGAUUGUUCUUGAAAGUGUGUUGUUAAAUCUUGCCUUUAGAAAUCAGUAUGAAUCUGGACUCUGGAUGCAAACUGGAGCGAACUUCCUUUCAAAUUAUAAUUUGUACACGUCCACCAAUCAUUUUGAAUUUAUACAAAGUGAUUUAUUGUUGGUGCAGCUUUUGGCGCAAUAUGUCGGUGGCGAUUUUGUUGUGAAAACAAUGGAAUUCUAUUUUGGGAUUUUAAUUUCAGAAAACGACAAAAAUGUGAAUGAAAAAAACGAAAUAGGUUUUAUUGUUACAUUAAUGCAAAUUAUAAGACAAGACAUCAUCGCUGCCAACCUCACAAACACUGAAAUAGCUCGUAAAUAUUUUAUCCAUUUCUUUGCGAGUGGAGUUUCUGACAUCCAAGAACUUACUUCUCUUGUUCCUCAUAACAAUGUUGACUUUGAAAUUUUGUACGUUUCGUUGAUGGAAAAGCUCUUUGAAAAAGGCAAAGACGUAUCAAGCGAAAUAGAUCCGUUCUUCCCUUUAAAUGGCGAUUAUUCAAAGAGUUUACUUGCGUUUUCUUUUGAAAAUGAAGGUGAAAAAUAUGCAAAUAAAUUUGUCGCAAGUCAGACUAAAAGCAUUGAGUAUGUCAAAAAGUCCAUUGAGGAAAUUGUGAAUUCUGAAAGUCUGCAAAAUUUUAUUGUUUCAUGUGACAAAAACAACAAAAGACUAAGUUUGUACAUCAAUGCUCUUCUCUAUGAAAUGGACAAUUACAGCAAUGAUGAAAUUCAUUUGUUUGUUAACAAAAUCCGUUCAUCACUCUUUCCUAAGUGA